AUGGAGAUGGCAAAUUAUGCAUGUUAUAAUGUAUCAUUUAGUCCUUCAAACAAUAUCUGGAUGGCUGAUGAUAUUAUGAUAAAACACGUUCCUCUUUUGUGUCUCCAAAUUGCUUAUGAUAUUUUGGUUUCUCGGCUUUUCUACUUCGUCCUCAAGCCCCUUCGUGUGCCCCUCAUUAUUGCGCAGGUGUUGGCUGGUUUUACUCUGAGUCCAAGUCUCUUGGGAAAUUUCGAAUGGGUAUUUUCCUUGUUUUACAGUCAAUAUGGAAUCCUAACCGUUGAAACCUUUGCAAACUUAGGAAUAAUGUACUAUGUGUUCCUAAGUGGAUUAGAAAUGAAUUCAGACACCAUCUUAAGAUCAAGGAAGAAAGGUACAAGCAUAGCAAUUGCCGGCAUUGUGACGCCAAUGUUAUUUGGUGUUGGAUUUCUAGCUCUACAACAAAAACUUAUAGAUAAAAAUGAUGUUUUCGCACAAACACCAAAAGAAAAUCAAGGCAAAGCAUAUUUAUUCUGGUGUUUAGCACUUUCUGUAACAGGUUUCCCUGUCCUUGCGAGAAUCUUAGCUAAUCUUAAACUUUUAUAUACAAAGCUUGGAAAAGAUGCAUUGACAGCAGCUAUGUUAACCGAUGCAUAUGGUUGGGUUAUGUUCACCUUGUUGAUUCCUUAUUCGACUAGAGGUGGAAAGCCUUAUCUCUCAGUAAUCUCUACUUUGAUGUUCAUAGUUUUUUGCUUUGCUGUGGUGAGACCUAUCCUUACUCCAAUCAUUGAACACAGAACACGUAUGAACAGGUGGAGAAAAUCACACCUAUUGGACGUGUUGACGGGAGUGUUUAUUUGUUCCUACAUUACAGAUUCUCUCGGUACACAUCCUAUUGUUGGAGCCUUUGUGUUUGGAUUAAUUUUGCCUCAUGGAAAGUUUGCUGAUAUGGUUUUGGAAUUGUCGGCCGAUUUUGUUUCUGGGAUUCUGUGUCCUGUUUACUUUGCUGGAUUUGGUUUUAGACUCAACUUGCCUUUCCUUUGGAAGCAAAAGAAUGUAGGUUUAAUGUUGUUGAUUAUGCUUUUGUUAUGCAUACCUAAAGUUUUGAGCUCUGUGAUUGUCACUUUCUUCUUCGGUAUGCCUGCCCGAGAUGGAGUUGCCAUUGGAUUGCUUCUCAACACCAAGGGUAUCAUGGCUGUCAUACUACUGAAUGUUGCUUGGGACAAAAGGAUUUUGGAUCCAUAUACUUUCAUGGUUAUGAUGCUUGCUAUUAUAGUAAUGACUGUAAUGGUUUCUCCCUUGAUCAAUGCAAUAUACAAACCAAAAUUCCGAUUCAUGCAAUCGCAAUUAAGGACCGUGCAAAAACUGAGGUUCGAUAUGGUGCUUCGAAUCGUCGCUUGUGUCCACAAUGCUAAACAUGCCAAUAACAUGAUCCAUGUCAUUGAAGCCACAAAUGCUACUAGACUUUCACCUAUACAUGUCUCUGUAGCUCACUUAGUUCAACUCACUAGACAUGGCACAUCUAUUCUUGUUUCCCAAAUGGAUAAUUCAAACAGCACGGUUGGUGGCGCAGAAGCAGCCAACUAUGGAUCACAAUUAGAGUUUAAGAGCAUAACUAACACAUUUGAAGAACUUGUAGAACAAUACAAUGCGGUUAGGUUUGACAUAUCAAGUGUUGUCUCGUCCUACACAACUAUCCAUGAGGACAUUUACAACGUUGCCGAAGAGAAACGCGCCAGCCUAAUUAUCCUUCCCUUUCACAAAGAGUACUCAACAAUAGAAAAUGCUCCAGAAAUAAUCCACAAUGAACAUUGUGAGAUAAACAAAAAUGUUCUACAACAAGCACCUUGUUCAGUAGGGAUCUUUGUGGACCGCGGUUUAGGAUCGUUGUUAGAAACAAAACUGCGCAUUAUAAUGAUUUUCAUCGGUGGACCUGACGACCGUGAAGCCUUGUCUAUUGCAUGGAGAAUGGCGGGGCACCCAGGAACACAAUUACAUGUUGUGAGGAUCAAUUUGUUAGGUAAGGCUGCAGAAGAAACAAAAUUAAAAAUGGAAAAAAGCAAGUAUCAUCACGGAAUGUUGUCGACGAUUAUAGACAAUGUGAUGCAAAAAGAGUUGGAUGAAGAGUGUAUAAUUUCCUUCAGGCACAAGGCAGUGAACAAUAACGAUUCAAUUCUUUACUCAGAGAAGGAAGUCCAUUCGAAUACGGGCGAAGAGAUUCCAACGCUUCUUAACGAUAUUGAUAAACCUGGAUAUGAUUUGUACAUUGUUGGACAAGGAAGUGGUAAAAACUCGGUGAUUUUUUCGAGGUUGUUGGAAUGGUGUGACCAUCCUGAACUUGGUGUUAUAGGUGACAUAUUGGCUUCAACUAGCUUUGGUACGCAAUCUUCUGUGCUUAUUGUACAACAGUAUUUGGUUGGGAGAAAACUCGUUGUUAGAAAGUGUCAUGAAGUGAAAAGUGGUACUGAAAAUUUGUAA